UGCUGGGGGUGCAGGGUGGAGAGAGCGAGUGAGAGGGCUCUGCGCUUUGUGUGUGACCGCGUGUGCGCGUGUGUGUGAGUGUGCGUGCGUCUUGGGAGGAUGGUGAGGGUACGUGAGAGUGCGUGAGCCCGCGCGCGUGUGUGUGUUGGCAGGGGAGCGAGAGGGUGCCGUGGGUAGGCGCGCGCGCGCGUGUGUCGGCGAGUGGAGGCGCAGGCUGGUGAGGAGGGUGCGCGUGUGUGUGUGCGCGCUUGUGUGUGUGCGUGUGUGUGUGUGCGCGCUUGGGGAGGAGGAGGAGGAGGGCGGCUGGGAAGCGGCGAGCGGGGAGGCGAGCGGGGUGGUGUCGUGCGGAGGAGGAGGAGGGGAUGCGAGGCGAGGGGAGGGAGCAAGGCUAGGGGAGGAGGGGACCGCGAGAGAGGGACGCGCCGAGGCAGUGUACUUGAACUUAGAGGUUACAUUCCCCCCUCGCGCGUCGCAUCACGGCAGCGCAAUCCCCGCGAUCCGCGUCCCACCUCCCGUCUCCCCACCCCCUCCCACCACCCACAGACCCCCCGUCCUGCCCCCGCCCGCCAUCUUUGUAUUAUUUCCGAUUUAUUUUAUGUCGCGCGCGGCCAUUGAGGAGCUGAUUUUCUCCGGACGAGAGGCGCGCGCGUCGAUGUGACCAGUGGGCGAGUGCGGCCACCAGCAGCAUGUCGCGCCGCAAGCAGGGCAAGCCGCAGCACCUGAGCAAGCGGGACUUCUCGCCCGAGCCCGAGCGCGUGGAGGCGCUCAUGGGCGACGAGGAGGAGGAGGAGGAGGAUGACACUGAGGAAGACGACCGCGCGACGGCGGCCGAGGCCCAGGCGCCGGGGGGCGGCGCGGGCGGCGCCUCGGAGCAGGACCUGCUCACGUGCGGGCAGUGCCAGCUCACGUUCCCGCUGGCCGACAUCCUCCUCUUCAUCCAGCACAAGCGCAAGGGCUGCGAGGCCUCGCUCUGCGCCGACAAGGGGCCCGGCGGCGGUGCCGGCGGCGGCGUCGCGGGGGCUCCGCGGGCCUCCCCGCCGGCGCACGCGCUGGCGCGGGCGCCCGUGGAUAUCGGCGUGCAGGUGUCGCCCGAGGACGACGACCUGGCUGCGGGGCACGCCAAAGGAGGCCCCAGUAAACGGGAAGGCCCGGCGCAAGGGAAGGACGAGCCGUGCAGCUACGUGUGCACGACGUGCAAGCAGCCCUUCUCCUCGGCCUGGUUCCUCCUGCGGCACGCGCAGAACACGCACGGCUUCCGCAUCUACCUGGACAAUGGCCACCCGAUCAGCCCGCUGGCGCCGCGCGCGGGCCUGCCGCCCUCGCUCGGCCCCCACUCGCCCGCCCAGCCCCCGCCCCUGCCUCCGCCGCCCCCCUUGCCGGGCCUGCACCUGCCCGACGCCAACCCCUUCAGCUUCCUGCGCCUCUCGGGGCCCCCCGUGCUGCGCGACCACCACCCGGGCCUCCGGGAAGGCGCGCCGGGGGGCCCCGGCGGGCGGCUGCCUCCGACGCCGCCGCUCUUCAGCCCGCCGCCCCCCAGGCCGCACCUGGACCCGCACCGGCUCGACUGCCUGAGCGCCGAGAGCAUGGCGCUGGCGGCGGCGGCCGCCCACCACCACCACCACCAGCACGCGCACGCGCACCAGCACGCGCACCAGCACGCCCACCAGCACGCGCACGCCCACCCGCACCCUCCGGGCGGCUUCGAGCGGGCGCUCAGGCUGAAUCCCAUCGGGAUGGAACCACCGCUGCCGAUGGAUUUUUCGCGGCGGCUGCGCGAGCUUGCUGGGAACUCGACGCCGCCGCUUUCCCCGGGCCGACACGGCGCCCUGCCAAGGCUUCUGCAGCCCUUUCCGGCUGGCGGUAGCGGCGCCGGGAACAAGUCGCCUUUUCUCGGCACUCCCCCUCCCCCGCCACUCCCCCCGCCUCCUCCCAUCCCACCCCCUCCCCCUCCGCCGGCCUCCGUCUCGCCGGCCGCGUCCUCGCAGUCGUCGCUCAAGCCCAAGUCGUGCGAGUUCUGCGGGAAGACGUUCAAGUUCCAGAGCAACCUGAUCGUGCACCGGCGCAGCCACACGGGCGAGAAGCCCUACAAGUGCCCGGUGUGCGACCACGCCUGCACGCAGGCCAGCAAGCUCAAGCGGCACAUGAAGACGCACACCUGCUCGCCGGCCGGGGGCUCGUCGCCGUCGCACGGCGGCGCCGCCGGCAACUCGGAGGACGGCCGCUCGGAGGCCAGCUCCCCCGAGCCGGGCGCCAGCGAGGGCCACCGCGGCUCGAGGGAGCGUAAGUACCGCUGCGAGGGCGACGGCGACAACAACGAAGAGGAGGAGGAAGAGGAGGAGGAGGAAGAUGCCGAGGAGGAGCUGGCCGAAGAGGAGCGCGGCCGGGGCCGACCGGACUCGGCCUUCGACCUGAACGCGGAGAGCGGCGGCCGCGACCACGAGCGCAACGGCAAGCCGGCCGAGCGCAAACCGCUGGCGCUCAACGACGUGAUGGACGGCGUCGGCCUGAACCCGAUGCAGCACUACAGCGAGGCGCUCAAGCAGAUCCUGGCCGGCAAGCGGCGUCAGUGCCCGCCCCCGCCCGAGCACCCGCCGGACGCGAUGAGGGCGCCGCGGGACGGCCCCGUCGACAGGGACCCCUCCUCCCACGCCGAGUCCAACCACGUCUCCGAGAGUCCCGUCAACGGCCGAGGGUUCUCGCCCGGGCAGCUCCCGGGCACCGCCGUGCCCCGGAACCCCCCGCCCAUCUCCAGCCCCAACCCGCUCAGCACUUACCCCAAGCGCAUCAAGCUCGAGAAGGAGUUCGAGCUGCCGCCCGCGCCCAUGCUGCCCACGGAGAACGUGUACUCGCAGUGGCUGGCGGGCUACGCCGCGUCGCGCCAACUCAGCAAGGAUCCUUUUUUUGGGUUCGGGGACUCUCGCCGGUCCCCGUUCGCCUCCUCCUCGGAACACUCGUCGGAGAACGGCAGCCUGCGCUUCUCCACGCCGCCCGGCGAGCUGCUGGACGGCAUGAACUCCGGCCAGAGCGGCACUGGCAGCGGCAACAGCACGCCCAACCUGUCGGGGCGUCCCAGCUCCAAGGACGGCCGGCGCAGCGACACGUGCGAGUACUGCGGCAAGGUGUUCAAGAACGGCAGCAACCUGACGGUGCACCGCCGCUCGCACACGGGCGAGCGGCCCUACAAGUGCGAGCUGUGCAGCUACGCGUGCGCGCAGAGCAGCAAGCUGACGCGCCACAUGAAGACGCACGGCCAGAUGGGCAAGGAGAUCUACAAGUGCGACAUCUGCCAGAUGCCCUUCAGCGUGUACAGCACUCUGGAGAAGCACAUGAAGAAGUGGCACGGCGAGCAGCUCAUCUCCACUGACGACGAAGUCAAGUCGGAGCACACGGAGACCAGUUGAGGACGGCGUGACGUUUCCUCUCGCCCGCCCGCCCGCCCAUCGGCCGGCCGCUCCACCGGUCCAUGCCCGGUUCCGCCAAACCCCACCCCCCCACAUCGACCGACACCACUCCUCUAGACCGCAUGGCCGUCCUGCUCUGUUCCUAACUCUGGACCCAUUCUGCUCCCCCCUUCCACCCCGCGCCGCCCUCCGCCCCCUGCCGUGUUGGCCGUUUGCACCCACGCGCCCUCUCAGGCCCACGAGCACGCACAGCGCCCUCUCGCUCUACACUCCAUUCCAGCCCUGGCGGGGGCUUUUCAUUUCCUCCUGCCACCUGCCCACCCGCCCACCCGUCCCAGCAAUUAUAUAUUUCAAACUUUUUUAUUUAUUUAUUUCCUUUGCUUUGGGUGCGAGCUGGACGUUUGUAAAGUAAUGUAAAAGUUGUGCUGAUUUUCUGCCAUGAAACUCGAAUGGAAACACUUAAUGCGGGAACAAAAAUAAAUCCCGCCUCUACUUUCAAGCGAACGUUUCAAGGAAUGACCCGACUUUGAAUCCCGUUGCUUGCAAAUCAAGCUCAUUCAUUAUGCCAUUAUCUUUGAGUCAAGGCUAAUGUUUGCAAAAUGGCAACGAAAAUAUCGACUUUAAAUAUCGCCUGAGAGGGUAUCGCAUUCCGUACGGUCGACCUCGACGGCAGCGUGGUCGCUGCAAUGGUGCCCACCUGCGUUGAGGACAACACGCAAGCAGCUAUAUUUAAUCAGUGGAGCCAACUUCUGGGUGGGUUGAGUACUAAAUUGAGUGAGGUUAUUCGCUUUGUAGCACUGCUUAGAAUUCCAAUAAUGGCAACGGUGAGCACCAUGCACACGGGAAAUGUACAAAUAUAAAUAACGUUAAUGCGUUCUUUCAACUUAACUUGCCCAAGUCAUUCAAGAAUUUGUUGUCCAGAAAGUUUGCACAACUUGUUUUUUUUUAGAUCGUCAACAAUUCACUCCCCAUGGGACCAAAUUGAACAAGAACAGCAAGGGAGGGAGACAGUGGGGGGGGGGGGGGGGUGAGACGGAGGGACGGAGGAGACGCGACCGUCUCUUGGGCAACUCUGUGGCUGUGAGAGAAGUCCCCGACGCUACGCGCCGGCGACGUCCCCCGUCUUUCUCUCUCGUGCAAUAACGGUCGCGCGUGCGGCGGGGAGAGCGGAGGGGCCGCGUGGCGCGUCCAGUCGAUCGCAGGUCACACAGGUUCCUAGUUUUCCGCAAAAAUCCUCCGCGCCUUUUCAAAUCCACAGUGGCUUAUUACCACAGAUUUGACAAAAUAUAUCGGCAAGCUGUUGAAAUAGACGGCGACUCUCAAAAUAGAAGUAAACAUUUGCGAGCCUCCUUUUAAAAAGACGAGCGGUACAAGACGUCCAACGAAGCGAGUCGCGUUGCUCCGUCGAGGUUGCAUUUCAAGUAAUAAUGGGAUCGGGAAUUCAUGUGCGAGUGCCUUGUUAAACAGUCUUUCCCCAGAAGCAAACGGAGCCUUCACGACAUUUACCGGCCAGAACUUUCCAGGAAUAUUCUGCCGCAUUUAAAAGCGCUUUUUUGGCCUUUUUCUUCUGACGAGAUUAAAAUCUCACGCUCUGCUAACUGUAUACGUCAGGAUGAAUGCUUGCAAGAGCUCAUCACUGCUUUUGUAGUUUUAAUCCUGCCUUGCCUGCGUCGAGGGAAUCCCGUUCGGUAGCGGUGCGCGCGAAACGCAAAGCACUGCACGCGCCAUUUGUACAGUAGGAAUCACACACGGAGAUGCUAGAUAUUUAAUUUUGAGAUUGCCUAAAUUAUAAGCUGUAAGACUAUCACAUUAAUAAACAGUUGUAGCACAAGCGGAGAGUGAGAGAGGGGUCGAUCCUAGCACUGUUUUUCGCAUCCCUGAUUGUUCAGGGAUUAAAGCAUGUAAACUAAAAUGAAAUGCGUCACUUAAAAAGGACCGUUUGUUACUGAUAUCAACACUUAACUGAAAAAAACGCACUUAUCGGCCACUGCGGCUGGUGUAAUUUUAGCUCUAAGCUAGCCUGUCGUACUAUCUUAUUUGCUAUGGAUGAAUCUUUUAAGGACUGAACACGUGAAAAUGGAUCUUCAAAAAAUAGUAUUGCAUGAGAGAAUCCGUUUCAUCCCCUUUUUUUCUCCAGUAACUUUGGUACUCGCUAGGUUGCAGAUGCUGUAUUUUACAUGUCAGUAUAGUCGCUGAUCUUGGAUCACAAUAAGCAAAAUAUAAUUCAAGUAUACGGAGAAGAGGCAUAUGAGUAAGGUGACGAGACAGAAGAAUUAAGAAUUCAAUGCUGCAUAAAAUGUGUCAUUGUUACCGGUAACUAUAUAUGGAGAGA